AUGGCUGAUAAACACCUCUCUUUGGCGCCUCUUGAAGGGGUGCAUAUCAACCCAUCUAAAGGAAGAAAUUUGACUUCCUCUUUGCAUAGAGAGGCCAUCCUUGCUAAGUCACUGGACGGCAAAAUUGCGAGUUAUCGUGAUGCAGUGAACAAGCCUGGACCUCUUUGGGUUGAUUUUGGAGCUGGCCGGGAGUUUGAUGCUGGCUGUGCUGCAGCAAGUCAUCAGUCAAUUAAAGGCCCAUUUGUAUCAGAAGUUGUCGAUGUCAACAGUUGUAUCUCCGAUUUUUUGACUGUCAGAGAAUAUUUAGACCUAGUCAAUUUGGCGUUGCUUCAACACGUGGAGGACGCGCCAACAGCGCUUGGCCACGGCGGCGUUACACGACAGGGGGAAGUGUAUGCCGAUCGCAUGAAGGAACUAACAACAAAUCCAGAGUAA